UGUAACCAACAAGAAGAAAUAAAGGAGAUAUGUAUGUAAACAAAUAAGGUUACACAGCACACAACCCAACCACACUCAAUACACACACACACAUAGACAUAUUUUUUAUUAAAAUAAUAAUUCCUUUUUCUCUCUCUCUCUCUCUCUCUCUCUCUCUCUUUUUCUGCCUCUAUUUUUCUUUUCUGCUCUUAUUGUACAUGCUGCAAGAAUACCCAACACAAAUUCAACCACGCUCAUCUUCAACAAGGAAGACACAAGAUGUAGUUGAGCAACAAGUUGUGGAAUCCCCUUCAAACACAAUAGACGCAGAAGCUAGUCGUAUUUUGAUUGAUUUAGCCAAUCAAGACACUACUAGUUUAAACAGUUCUUCUGAUACAAGCAUGGUUGACAGCAAAAUAACCAAGAAAAGACCAUCUAGUAAAAUUUCUUUGCCAAUUAAAACAGAGGCUAAUUUACAUAACUUGGAGCAAGAACGUUUUCAACCUGAUCCCAUCAUGCUAUUGGCUGCAGCUGCGGCUGUCAUUGACGAUGAGGGAAACUAUAAAGGCCGACUAUAUGAAAGAAGAGAAAUCAAACUGCACGGCAGACAAGCUUCAUUGAAAAGAAAAUCAUUUACAUAUGGAUCUAAUGGCAGCAGUAGCAGCAGUAGCAGUAGUAACAGUAGUGCUAACAGUAACAAUGAUAUUCGGACAAACAAUGUCAUUCAUCGUCGUCAUAGUGAGAGACGUCAUCGCUACCAUCAAAGAGCUUCAGUAUCAGAAAAAGCAACACCAGAAAAUAUAAAAGGAAAUGUAACACAGUCUGACGGCACACACGCUUUUUCCUGGCAGUAUUUAUCGAUGGUAAGAAAGCAAAAGGCUUGAACCAACACCUCAUUUUCUCUUCCUUAGAAGCAAAAUCCUCGUAUCAAAAGAAAUGCUAUGCACGCAUACAUUACAUACAUGAUUUAUACGGACAUGGCCCAUGAACAA